AUGUCAGACAUAAGGCAAUCAGCUUUCGCUUAUCCUUCGCCGGCAUCGCACCUUCCUCGAACAGAUUUAUCACUUCGCGAGAUUCUCGACAUGUAUCGAGACAAUGAUUUACUAAAACAGAUUUUGACGGCGAAGACCGAGGAGGAUAAGCGACGAGCCGAAGAAGAAAAAUGCAAGGCCGAACAAUUCCGAUUACAAUGCAAACAAGUAGAACUGGAAAUGAUGAGAGAACAAAAGAAACCACCGACGAUAUUUACUGGUGUUCCACGUGAGGCAUUAAAUACCAGCUACAAUACUAAAACAUCACCUUCAGAUAUACAUAGUCCAUAUCUGCCUAUACCACCAACAAUUGAUCCUCAUUAUUCAGCGACUACACCGACGAGCGCGGGUGGACGUCUCUCGCCCCCAUCAUCAGUCAGCAAUACACAUGAAAACAGUAAUAACAGUAAUGUUCUCCCAUUUGGCAGUCAUCAUCACCACG